AUGGGUGAUGAAUCUAAGGAAUACAAAAAAAACAAGCCCCAGCAAAAACUUUAUAAACCAGGUAGUGGUCCGUUAAGACGAUCGAGGUAUGGUUUGGACGAAAGAAUGGAUUCUUAUGAUGUAGAGGAAAUACCUAAAGGUAAAAACAGUAGUCACUACGAAAAUCUUAACUCCAUAAACGGGGAAAACGAUUCAUGUAAAGGACAAACAUUGAACAGUCGAUUUCGUAAGCCUGAACAAAAGAUUUAUCAAGCGAGAUCAGCUAAUUCACAUUAUGAAGGUGAUAGACAAGGGAAAAAUCCAUCAAGAGGUGAUAAUUCUAGUCGAUUUAACAAUAGACAAAUGUUAAGCAAACAAGACAACUACAGUGGUACAGGGUCAUAUUAUAGAGGUGGCUCAAAAGAUGCUCAUAGCAAAGAUAGUGUUACAAAUGAUAUAAAUUACAAUAGACACUACAAACAAGAUUCAGUUUCAAGAUCUACAUCGCCAGCAAGAAGUGUUCAGGGAAUGAAUUCCUUGGAGCGCAACCGAGACAGUAGGAGCAUGGAAUCAUGGGCAGGAAGAUAUAAAUCACAUUCUGGUGGAAAGCCACCUUCUGGGCGUAGAAACUCUGCUGGAUUUUCUACAGAACCUAGACAUAAACAUGUAGUUAACUUAGAUAAUAUACCACCUAGGUUCCGAAAGAAAUAUUUAGAACAAUCCGGUUAUCACAGUAUUGAGAGCAUAGAUCAAUUCAAUAGGGGCCAGCAUGAUGUUUCUCAGUUGGACUAUAAUUCUGGUCAACACAGUUUGAAUUGGUCUCAGACAUUGCCUUCUCGGGGAAGAGGCCGCUUACGAGAUAAUGAACAUUUUGAUAGAGAGAAAUUCAUAAAUUCAUAUUUAAAAAACUAUGAUGCUCCGAAUUCAUAUAGAUCUACACCAAGUAGUUCUUAUUCAAACUUGUAUGAGCCUAAUGAGGUCAGUAACAGUAGAGGGACACAUAAACAGAAUGAAGUUCAAUACAGUGACAUAGAAAAUGACAAGGAUAGAUAUGAAAGUGGUGCCAAAAAUGGAGUGACAAACUGCAAUAAUGAUAUACAAUAUAAUGAUACAGGAAUUAUUAAAAAUGAGAAAGAACAAACAAAAGAAACCUUCACUAGUCUUACUGACAUGACGAAUUUGGAUUGGACUGAAGAAGUUGAGAAGAAUAUUAAACUUGACGAAAUCUCAGAAACGUCCACAAGUUUUUCCUUAAAUGUAAAACCUUUACAAGAAAUCAAGCCAACUGAAAUAAGAGAUUCUAAGAAAAAAUCACGUCGCAGAGACAGAAGAAGUUCCAGCAGAGGUCAUAGGAAUUCUGACAAGAAGGAUCGUAACAGGAAAGAUAGCAAUGUAAGCAUUCAAACUGAGUCAGAGCGCAGUCGCAAAGAUAGUAAUGCUAGUACACAUGAUAUUUUACCUGGAUCUAAGCAUCGUGAGAGGAGAGAUAGCCAUAGAAGCAAUAGAUCAUCGACCAUUGGUAACAGUCGAGAUGAUUUAGACAGAUGGAGAUCCUUGCGUUCAUAUAGCCGUGAACAUAGCACUGAAGGAAGAAUCGUGUCGCAGUGUAACAGUAGAGAUCCAUCAAUCAACCGGGCUUUAAGUCCAAGAGACAGCGAAGGAUUUCGAGUACCUCCUGCGGUCCCUCGUUCGGGAAAUUGGCCUGCUUCAAAUCAGAAACGUCACGACGGUUGGAGCGGUCGACAAACAAGUGUUGAAAGAAGACGUAAUUCCCCUACGCCAAGUACAGCCAGUGUUGAGCCCAACAGUGAAAGCGUGGAAGGACCCUCUGGGGGCGGUCGUAAGUCUCGGAAGCGAUCUGGACGCAAGCGUGUUCGGAAUGCGGAGAACGUGCAACCGUCGCCUCAUCCGCCAGGCGUUACUCCGGCCCCCACGAACACCAACUGGCGCGAAGAAAUACUAGAAGCUAAAAAACACCAACCGCCAGAACGAACGAACGACUCAAACCAACGUAACAGGCUGAACAGCGUUCUGUCUGAUAAAUCUCUGUCUGAAGCAUCUGCGUCGCAGCCGGGCGUUUUAGUAUUGCCUCAAGGUUCCACUACUCAUUCUCAGAAGGAUUUAGGGCGCGGAGGUAACAGCGAGCAUCAAAAAACACUAUAUGAUCACCAUAAUCCAUCCAAGCCGAUUAUUGUCCAGACACAUACAAACAAACCAGAUAUAAGAAUGGAAAAAGGUGUAUCAGGUGUAAAGGAGACGGCAGGCCGCAAUGGAGCUAGCUACGACACUGGAGAAGCGGCGCGGGCAGCGAGACACAUGGCCCUACUAAAGCAGGUGGACCGUGCUGAUGCCAUCCUCAAAACACAUACCAUGCGAGGACCUUUAUCUCUUGCUGCCAACUGGUCUGAUGUCGCCGAAACGAGAAAGUUUCUACAAGGCGCCCUACAGAGGCUUCUUUUGUCCGACCUUAAAUUUUGUCAAGCGGAUAACAUUGAACAGCAGUUUUGGAAAAUCCUUUACUAUCACUUCAUUGAAAAUUUAAGAAAGAGUAUCACCCAAGCGUCCCCAGCAGAAAAGACUGAAAUUGUCAAACUGAUAAAUGUUAUUAUAGACGAAGGAAAUAUUUUCUUUGAGAAUCUCAUACAACUAUUAGAGAAGACGUAUAAAUUUAAUACCGAGGAUUACUUGAAUGAUAAUAACGCGCUACCACCGAAGGGACUCGGCUACGUGGGAUUGGCGAUGGUCUCAGUCCAGAAGCUGUAUGUGUUCCUCGGUGACCUAGCUAGAUAUAAGGAACAAGUUAACGAAACCAAUAAUUAUGCGAAGAGCAAGUUUUGGUAUACGAAAGCUCAGCAGGUUAAUCCUAAGAACGGCCGACCUUACAAUCAGUUGGCAAUAUUGGCUAUAUAUGCUAGAAGAAAACUUGACGCUGUGUAUUACUAUAUGAGAAGUUUAAUGUCAUCGAACCCGUUUCAAUCUGCACGCGAAAGUUUAUUGUCCUUGUUCGAGGAAAACAGAAAAAAGUAUGAAGCAGCCGAACGAAAGCGACGUGCCCUUUUUGAAUGUAAAGGUAACGAAAGUGGUGGGGAAAGCAGUUCUGGUCAGCGACGUGAGGUUUGGGUGCGGCCUGAUGCGGGACCACGGACGCCUACGCUAGCACGUACGCCCCUGUACCACGAUUAUGCCAGUAUGACACCAGUCGAGUUAAAUAAGAAUUUCAUAACCGCAUAUUUGCAUGUCCAUGGAAAAUUAAUAACGAAAAUUGGUAUGGAAACGUUUCACGAGAGCGCAACGCAAAUGCUGGGUCAAUUCCGUGCUCUGCUCCACCGACAGCCGCUGCCGACGCCCGCAGCACGUCUGCUGCAACUCACCGCCCUUAAUAUGUUCGCCGUAGAGAGCAACACCUCUUGUCUCAAAGGUAACGAAAACGCAGAACGAAGCGCUUGGUUAGACUGCGCACUUGGUGUGUCACUGCUGAUGUUCGGCGCGCUGCUAGAACGAUGCUGUGCUUUGCUGCCGGAACCGACACAGUCGCAACAACAUACCGACGCUGUCUCUCUAUUGCCUGCUAUAAAGGUGUGGUCCGACUGGAUGUUAUGUCAUAGCAGCGUCUGGAAUCCACCUCCGUCGCUUCAGAGCUUCGGAAUCGAGAGCGGAAACGACCCGUGGGACUGGUUAGCUAAGUUAAUGAACAUUCUAGAAUCACUCGACGAUAAAUCUUUAGAGCUUGACAGUGAAACAAAAGAUGGUCUGAUGGUAGUUCGUCUCGCUGAAGACACUUCUCUAGCCGGUUUCACACCCCUCAUGUACAUGGAGCCAGCGAUAUCGUGGGCGCGAGCGGAUCCACCCCGGACACCCCAUGCCGCCGAGCACGCUCUGCGUACACGCAAAUUGCUAUUCUUCGGUACCGAGUACCUUGUAGGUGUGGAGCCUCCAGUUUUGAAAUUAGAAUAUCCUGCUGGAGCGCAACCUCGGUACGUCAGCGCUGUUCAGCACACUCAGACCAACUACCCUCAGUUACAGCAUUUGGUGGAGGACUCUGAGGAUGAAGACAGCGCAAGUGGGACUACUAGCGGUCCCACCAGCCACAGCGAAGGCUUGGAUGUAGAGGGGACGGACGAAGUGACUAGAAGACUGUUGCGCCGAAAGGAGCAACUGGAAUCUCGAAAGGCGACUCUCGAAAAACGUCGUCAAAGAAUGCAGGAGAUGUUAGGCUGUGGAUCAGUUGGUGGUGAAGUUGAGGUGCGGCCACGAUGGCUGGUGCCAGAUACUAAUUGCUUCAUCGACCAUUUACCGCAAUUGCAAGCUAUUGUUGCGCCUGCGCAGCCCUACCAAAUCGCUGUCCCGCUUGUCGUGAUGAGUGAGUUGGAGGGCCUAUGCCGGUGUUCGAGGCUCGGGGAGGCGGCACGCAGUGCUCUAGCCUGGGUCAGCGGCGGAACCCGUGGCGUGCGCCUGGUGACUGCUCGUGGAUCCGUACUUAACUCGCGCGCUUUCACCGCUGAGGACCACAGACCAGGCCACUCCAACGACGACCGAGUUCUACACACUGCCAUUAAUCUUCAGGCGAAUCUUGCGUCGGAGCAAGAUACAAAAGAGGAAAAUUCGGAGGCGAAGAGACGCGUUUUCGAAGUAGUUCUGCUCACAGAUGACCGCAAUCUAAGAGUUAAGGCGCUAGCUGCGGAGUUGCCAGCCAGAGACUUGCCCUCCUUCAUGCAAUGGGCCGGCAUCGUCUCUGAUUCUAACACGAUAUCCGAAUCGACUCCAAUUGUAAACCCAGCUCCCGUAGACUCUAAAUAG